AUGCAAAUGCCUGAGACGCUGGCCUCAUUGUCUAUGUUUGUUCAUUUGGGCCCCUCACAAGACGAGAAGAUGUUCUCUGUUCACCCCGCAAUACGGACACUGCAAGACGCUCAUAUCCCUCCGAAGUCUGACUAUGAUGAAUUUCGAGAUACCCUCUACGAGGUCACGAGGGAAUGCUUGAAAGAAAUGGCCAAGGAUGAGGUGGACCUGGCAGAACUGAAUAAUGUUGGAGUUUUCCACAAGUUCGACGAGAAAGCUGGGAACGUAUACCAAGAUUUCGGAGCCGACAAGUCUAUGCCUGACGACUGGAUCUACAGAGGAUCCUUUCCUGGGAUCUGGUGCGCCUUGAAGAGUCCGAACAAUACCUACACGAUAGCUCUAGUGGGCACGAAGAUCGGACAAUUCAAAUUCAACACGGGUUUCAAAAUCUACGAUCCUCAAUCCACAACACACAUGGAGAAGUGGGAAAUCUGGAAAAGUCGUGCGGAAAACUCGGCAAAGCACAACCCCUGGGAUGACGCCGAGAACACCGAUGGCUUAACAAUGUCGACUCGGGUGGGCUUAUAUCUCGCAGACGCGAAUGAUUUCAACUUCUAUCUGGAAAACGGCUAUGGUGCUGUAGUUGGCUACACUGACUAUGUGUCUCUGGUCAUCGUCGACAAAAACCUGGUCUCAGAUUUGCUUGAUGCCGGGACUGUGGGAAUGCAUUUGAUGAGCUAA